AUGGUACUACCACUGUUACGGUUGGCCCCCGCCAGUCUGCUUUAUUCUUCUUGCUCCUUGGAGAAGACUCUGCAGUGCAGCUGUUCCUUCCAUGGGAUCCCCACGCCCUCCGUGCAGUGGUUGAUGGGAGGUGCUCCCAUGGGUCUGAACAACAUGAAUAACACCCUCCAGGUGACUUUUAGCAUAAUUGCCCCUUGGGCCAACAGCACCAUCACCCUCCUCGGGGAGCCUGAAAUAACCAUGGGCCUCCACUGUGAGGGGAAGGACCAAUAUGGAAUCCAUACUUCAAGCAACUUCCUCAUAUCAGAUAAGAAUUCAGUUUCCAAUGCGUUCGUGAAAGGGCUGAUCCAGGGCGUUGUGUAUGGACCCAUUGUAUCAGCACUAUUCUCCUUCCUUGUUCUCCUUGUGUGA